AUGGGUUCGUUGGGGGAGAGCAACAGUGCCAUACAACUGCCUGUGGUCGACAUUUCAGACUUCUCCGUCGAAGUCGGCAAGCGGGUGUUGAAGGCUGCAACGAAGUAUGGAUUCCUUUACAUCGACACAAAGGGCACAGGAUUUACGGAGGAGAUGGUUACCCGCGAGUUCGACCUCUCACGUCAAUUCUUCGCCUUGCCUGACGGGGAAAAGGAGCCUUGCCGAAUCAAUCAGACGAACCGUGGCUGGACCGGCAUGUAUGGCGAGAUCCUCGAUCCAAAAGCGCAGCGAAGGGGAGACUUCAAGGAGGCAUUCAACAUGGGAGAGUUCCAAGAGGGAAAGCCGCAGCAACCGAUUCCCAAGUUCCUCGAAAGCCAUAUUGCUGAGCUCGCAGAAUUCGAACGGACAUGUAAGCAAGCGUGCGACCGGGUUCUUGAUCUCCUCGGUCUGGGGCUGGAGGUCGAGGAGCCCAAUUUCUUCUCCUCGCGGCAUACUCAGCCCAGCGGGUGCACCGUUCGUCUUCUCCAUUAUCCAGCGAUCCCCGCAGAUGUCGACUACCAGCCGGACGUGGAUGUGAGAGCUGGUGCUCAUUCGGACUAUGGAAGCAUCACCCUCCUCUUCCAGCGGCCGUCGCAGCCUGGACUGGAGAUCAGGACGCCCGAAGGUACAUGGGCCCCGGUGCCCGUCAUCCCGGAAGGAUACGACGCGCCGACGUUUCCACCCAUUCUCGUCAACAUCGCGGACCUGCUGUCGUAUUGGACAAACGGGAUUCUGAAGAGCACCGUGCAUCGGGUCAUUUUCCCCAAAGACGCUAGACGGGGAGGAGAGGAUCGCUACUCGAUAGUAUACUUCUCUCAUCCUGGCAACGACGUGGAAUUGACGGCUGUGCCAAGCAAGAUCGUGGCUGCCCAUCACUUGAAGGAAGGCGAAGAAGUCGGCUAUGGAGGCGGGGCUACAAGUAAAAGGGCACUGACAGCGCACGAGCAUCUGCUUAGUCGCUUGAAUGCGACAUAUGACUUUAGGGGAGCGAAGACGAAGGAGGAGAUUGGCGCCACUGCCUGA